AUGGGGAAACUUCGGUCAACAGGUGGAUGCCUGACCUGCCGAAAGAGACAUGUCAAAUGCGAUCAAGCCCAGCCGAUCUGUUUACAGUGCCAGAAAAAGAACCGACCAUGCCUUCGAGGAGAUGAAUCCAAGCACAUCAGGAUCAAACAUUACCAAAUCCGAAAGGACAAGAACGACCCCCAGGAUGUUUCUGGCCCUAACCAUGAUGAAAGAUCUCACCUUCCAGAGCACAGAACCACAGAAGCAGUGGUUGCCGAUGCUAACCCUCAACACAUUAAUAAUCAAUCCUAUGCCCAAUUUGGUAACAAGGAAUACCACGAUGCGUCGCUGACGCAACAGGACGACCCUCGACAAGGAUCAACAAUCCUCCGGAAACCCGCGAACGACUCGCUUCCUGCACUACUGAUGGCAUCUCCUGCCAACAAUAAUACAACUACCUCACCUUACUUCAGCGCGGUUGCAAUCCCGAUCUCCCAGCUGAUUCAACCGGAGUCUCUUGGUUCAUUGUCUCCCGCUUCGUCCGCAGCUGUCGUUCAUGCAGGGCAUCCGUUGACCUACAAAGAAGCUUAUCUUGUACAUCACUUUGCAACACACCUCGGGCAUUGGCUUGACUGCACCGACGCUUCCCGUCAGUUUUCCCGAAAGAUACCCAUCCUGGUCAAGCAGUCGCCAAUCCUGCUGCAUGCAGUGCUUUCCUAUGCGGCCCGACACAUCGGGGAUGCCGAAAUGGCCGAACGGGCACAUGAGUGUUGCGUGGAGUUAUUGAUCCCCUCCCUCAGCUCGGAGUCAGUGGUCGAAGAUGAUACUCUGCUGUGUGCAAUUGUCAUCCUGCGAGUCUUUGAACAGUUGAACGUCAUGGUGACUGGGAACGAUCAGGAGCGCCAUUUGGCUGGCUGCUCGGCUAUACUCCGGGCGUCACAAGGACGCGAGGUGGAUCCAUCUACUCCGGGUUUGCGGCAGGCCGCAUUUUGGGUGUACAUGCGUCAGUGCCUGUACAAUGCCUGCGUACAUCAACAGGCACCUAAUGUGGAUAUGAACUUGGUUCUUAUUCCUCCUCCAGCUGGAAGUGAACCCGUGAGCGAUUUGAGGUCUGAAACGGCAUGGGCCAAUACUAUGACUUGGAUCUGUGCCACGGUGGUACAAUUUUGCUUUGGCUCAACUUACCCUGAACCGUCCACCAGAAUACAACGAUGGCAAGAGCUAUCCGGAGCCGUCGAGAGUUGGUUGUGCAAUCGCCCGGGCACGUUUGACCCCAUCUGGUAUAGCGAAGCCGUCCCAGGAAGUAGAAAUCCUUUCCCAGAGAUAUGGUUCACGGCGGACUGGCACAUAAUGGCAUUCGGCUUUUAUCACCUUGCCUGUAUGCUUUUGGCUAUCUACAAGCCGUCGCCUAAGUUUGCUGUCCGGGGACUACAUAGCACAGUUCGCGAGUCCGAUGUGAGUUUUAGCUUCUGCUCAAAUGAGUCGUCGCUGACGCCAUCAGAUCCGAGUUAUGAUGCACGCCCGUGCGAUCUGCGGGGCAUGCAACAGUUCCCCUUCGACGGUACCAUCGUUGAUCACUCUGUGCCAUUCUACCUUUAUUUGGGGUCCCUUGAUGACAGAUUCAGCGGAAAGGGCUGGAGUAAUUAA